GAAAGCGUGCAGCUGGGCUUCCAGAAGCCGAGGGUGGGGGGUCCCCCCGUUCGAGCCGUGACGCCGGAAAGCCUGGGAGUUGCGGGAAGCUGGUCAUGAGGCAUAAAAUAAUGACGGAGAAGGGGAAAAAUCCAGAUGUAAAACCCGAAAGAGGAUUCCAAGAGGGCCUCAAAGCUGGGGUCACCCUGGAGAAGGCAGGAAGAAUGACGAAAGACUUCCAGGCUGGGAGUACGGAAGAUUUUGCCCAAAUAGGGGGCUCCAGUUCAGCCAAGAGCGAGGUGGGAGAUCGGCGGCGGAAAUAUUUGGACCCCCGAGCUGCUCUGAAGGCCAUGCAGUCCUCUAAGCAGGAGGACGUGGUUUCUGAACCGUGGGAGAACGCCACGGCCUGCCUGGCUUCCUUGGAAGGAGCAGCUGAAACUUACUGGAGAUACAAAGGAUGGGUGGAUCUCAGCAGAGAAACUCAAAAGGAGAAUGAGUGGGCCAAUGCUGCCAAGAUGGAUGACUACUGGAAGGUGGGCGAGGACGUCCUGAGGGAGGACUCGGCGGCCAACGACACCCAGCGAACUCUUUUCAGAGAGUUCCGUUACCGAGAUGUGGAGGGUCCCCGCGAGGCCUGUAGCCGCCUCUGGUACCUCUGCCACCGGUGGCUGAAGCCGGAGAGGCACACCAAGGAGCAGAUCCUGGAGUUGGUGAUCCUGGAGCAGUUCCUGGACAUCCUGCCCUCCGAUCUCCAGAGGUGGGUCAAAGCCGCCGGGCCUCACACCUGCGAUCAAGCGGUGGCCCUGGCUGAAGGCUUUCGUUCAAGACGGCCACAGGAGGGACCAGGUUUGGUGCAGGAGGUGGCUGAGGGGUUUUCCAUGGCCGAGCAGACUCCGACAGGGACUGGAGAGAGACAAGCCAGUGCCGCCGGAGUCAAGCAGGAGCAGGACGAUGGCAGCGACACAGAAGAUGACAAGUGGGUGAUUGAGACAAGGCAAGGGGAUCUCCAGUUGGAAGACACCGAGCCAGUGAAAUUGUGCGCCCGCCCCUUGCAAGAACCUUAUUGGUCGGAAGAAGAUGGAGACAGCCCUGCAGCUCUUGGGGAUGGAGCUGGCCAGAAGGAUGAGGACAACCCCGGUCAACACAGACCUGAAGGGUUUCCUCCAGCAGAAGAAGACGGGGACUCAAGUCAACCCGCCGUGGCCCGAAGACGGCACGGAAGUCGGGAAAAGAAGACCUGUGCCGUGUGCAGCAAGACUUUCAGCCGGAGCACGGUGCUCGCCGCCCAUCAGAGGACCCACACGGGCGAGAGGCCAUUCAUGUGCCAGAAUUGUGGGAAAUGCUUCAGCUUCAAGUCCACCCUGGUUGCCCACGAAAGGACCCACACGGGAGAGAGGCCCUACACCUGCGAUCUGUGCGGGAAGAGCUUCACCGUCAGCUCGGUCCUCACCAGGCACUACCGCGUCCACGUCGAGAAGAAGCUCUUCAGCUGCGCUGAGUGUGACAAGAGCUUCACUCAGAAGUCUCAGAUGCUCAGCCACCAGAAGAUCCACGUGAGGGAGAAGCCCUUCAAGUGUGCCCAGUGUGGAGAAGGUUUCAGCCGGAGCUCCAGCCUCAAGAAGCACGAGGGCUCCCACACGGGAGAGAAACCCUUCAAAUGCCCCGAUUGCGAGAAAUCCUUCAACACAUCUUCCCAGCUGGUCAAGCACCACCGAGUCCACACCGGGGAGAGGCCCUACACCUGUUCGGAGUGCGGGAAGAACUUCAGCCAGUGGCAGAUUCUGAUGGUGCACCAAAGGACUCACACGGGCGAGAAGCCCUUCAAGUGCGCCACCUGCGGGAAAUGCUUCUCCGAUCGGGCCGUCCACAUCCGCCACCAGAAGGUCCACACAGGGGAGAGGCCUCACCAGUGCCCCACUUGCGGGAAGAGGUUCACCCACCGCACCGUCUUGGUGAAGCACCAGAAGAUCCACGCCCGAGAAGCUCUGAGCUUAGCCAAAUCGCAAGAGGAGCUGCAGCGCGGCGAGGAAAACUUCACAAAAGUUUGCAAGGUGGAUGAAGGCUCAACUUAGAACAAUGCCAACGGGCAACGCUCUUCCUCGAGCCUUGCCUAACUUUUUUUGGGGGGGAGGGGCUUCCAGAUGCGUCCAGAGCCCAUGGUCUUCCUGGCUAAAACAGAUGGGAGUUGCAGUCCAUUAAAGAAAACCGGGUUGGCCUGAUAGCACAGGACUCGGCUGUAUUGUGCGAAGAUGUAUAUGUAUCAGACAAUCAGGAUGACUACAAUCACACUGUGGCAAGCAGUCAUUUUCCCAGGGCUGAGCAUGAUGGGGUAGGCAACACUUGAUACCUGCAGGGAUCCUACACCCCUUGGUCCCCUCAUUGUCAGGAUUCUGGCAUUUACCCCCAUUUAAAUCAUGAGUCUCGAGCCAAAC